AUGCGCUUGUCAUGUUGUUUCACUUUGCAGGUGUUGUUGACCGAUGACUAUUUCAGUGACAUCAAUCCUCGCUCCAUGAGAAGGUUGAUGAAUGUUGUAUACAUCACUGGAAGGUUGUUAAAAGCGUUCAACAUUGACUUCAACUGGUACCACUUAGCGUCGUGGAUCAACAUUACUGAGCAGUGGCCAUACAGAGCCUCGUGGCUCAUCCUCUAUUAUGAGGCCAACGAGGAUGCCUUCGAUGACAAGUCUUCCCUCAAGGACCUCUACGAAAAGAUCAAGAACCAAGUACCUGUGUCCAAGGACAUGGAACCGCUGCUGGAGAUGGACAAGGAGGAAAAGAAAUUUGAGAUCUUCCUGUCCAUGCACAAGAGUUCUCUGCAUGUCUCUGACCUGAAGGUCUUCCUUCCCUUCACCAUCAACCUCGACCCUUUCAUUAGAAAAGUGAUCAAGGAGGACCGCCACGUUUGA